AUGCGCUUUAUUGUCUUCAUCUUGCCUGCCGCUUCGGCCCACAUUAUUUUCAACACGGGCGACGUGGUCAUGGCGUCUCCGGCAGCUAACGUUGAGACCGUCCCGCUGGAAAGGGGUGGAACGAGAUUUCUACGCGCAAGAGACAGCGAUUUAAGCGAUGAAGAAAGGAUGAAUCAUCUAGAUGGGUUUGCAUUGCGAUUUAGUCGCUCUAGCGAGUCAUUACCCAAAGAGGAAGUGGCAGAAGUUUCAGCAAGGUCAAAUCCGUACAGGUCUUACGUGGUUGAUGCAACAAACGACGUAGAUCCAGCUCUUCUCGAAAUAUUAUCAAUCGUGAGAUGUAUACAUUCAGACGAUCUGAAGAGACUUAAAAUGAGUAAUCUACACAACGAUGAAUUGGAUCAACUGCUGACGAGAAUUCGCGGGAACGAGACUGCGAUGAAACACUUUCCUCUGUACAUGGAUUACACUACGCCAGACACGGAGAAACUUUUCAAGGUAAUUUUUCGGGGGAAAGGAGCUGUUCAUAGAGAGAAGAAAGAAGCUUAUGACUUAUUGGCGGAAGCUCGCGAAUUAUAUGCCUCAUUGACCAAGCCAUAUCGAGCGAUAUAG